UUCCCGCUCCACAGCCAAACUACAUCUCAAUCGUUCGCUCAAACCCAUCUUCACUGUUCCUUUCAGCUUUCGAUUUCUCCGCUAUCUGCGUUCCCGUUUCCAAUCUCCCUCCUCUCAUCCAUCUUUCCGUUUCUCGCAUAGCCUCUUCAAUUUCGCCGGCUAUGGUAUCAAGCUUUAUGAUAAUCACUGUCCAACUCACUCCCUGCAUAUUCAUCUGUAGCUUCUCAUCUCUUUUACCCUUCAAUAUUUCAUCCUUUUUUUUCCAGAUCAAAGUACAGAGGUUUCAUAUCCUUUCUCGCCUUCCUCCGUCUGUCUACCGCAAUUAUUUGUUGCUUACAAACACGCGAAUUUCAUUUCUGACUGAAGAUGGCGGCUCUCUUCAACAUCAAAGCAUUCCAAAUUACACGCCGGUUCCCUUCUUACCAACGGUGUCAGCUCAAUUCAAAACCGAAGGAAUUUCAGAUUUGCUGAACCUGGAGUUGAGAGGAGUCAGAAGUGAUAUACUUUUUGGAUGAAGGUAUACAAGGUACAAAAAUUGCCAAUGGUUUGCUUUCUGGAGGAUAUUCAAUUCCAGUUAUGAUAGUAUUUAAGUUUGAAGCUUGGUAACACACUUGAAGUUGUCCCAGCAUUCAUGCAGGCAUAGUUUAAUAUUACUCUAUUGCCAAUUUAGUUGAAUUUUUACUAUCAAUUUUAUACAAACUUCUUCCCAAGAUUAUUAGAAUUUUAAUGCAUAUGGUUUGAUCUAAAUUUCACAUCUAUAAGGUCUUAACCUAUUCUUUAUUCUGUCUUUUAAUAUCAAGUUAGUUAUUCAUACUCCAUAGACAUUGGAACAAAAAAGGAUGAUCGUUGACAAGAACCAUCUGAAUUUAGUUCGGGCUGUAUUUUUUAUAUAGUUUACAUUUUCUAAGACUUAAUACAGCUCUAUAUCCCAAUUAACUUCUCUAGAUCGCAUUGAAUGUUAAAUGAGUAUCCUAUUUGAUUGGAACAUAUGUUUCUAAAUUUCAUUUAGGAUGCCAUGGUACCCAAAGUUUUAUUUGUUUAAGCUGCUAUGUGUAUUAAAACAGUUCUUCUCUGUGCAGCUUGAAAUGGGUGGUCAUUACACUGGUGUGGCCGCUUCCAAAAAAGUUCUCUUGCUAAGCAUAUCAAUUUCAUACACUAAGAAGACUUGCAUAGAACUAAGAAGCUACCAGAAAAGGCAGAUCGGAAAACAAAGUAUGCCUCCAUUUUAUCUUCCCAAUAUACAUUUGGCUAUUUAUAUUAGUCUUAUGGUACUCUACCAAACAUAUGUUCAACAGCUAGAGAAUAGCAGGUUGAAGUUAACACAGUUAGAUUGGUUAUCCUUGGUUAUCCUUUGGAGCCAUUUUCAACAGUUAUUAGCUAUCCUUUGGAGCAUAUGUAUAUAUGUUCUUUUUUUUCUUGAUUAACGAGGUUAUUGGCUAUCCUUUGGAGCCAUUUUCUUGAGAUAGUUUUAAAAGACUACAAUGAAAGAUUGACCGGUUAGUAAUAUCUUUAUUGGUUAUUGGUUAUGUAUUAAUCAGAGACAAAUUGUGUCAUUGAGCAUAUUCAUUGUUUUAUUAUGUUGUUCCUUU